GCAGGGCGGGCGCCAGGCAGCCGGGCGCCAGGCAACAAGGGCACGGAGACGAGCCACACCCCAAAAAAACAGCCAAGUGCUGCAGGGCUCCCCCGACCGCCACACCCAAAGCACCCUGCUUGCACGCGCGGAUGCAAAUGACCAACCACAAAGGUUGAUACGCCGCCUGCUCCAAGCUGGUGAAGUGUGGUGCUCGCCGAGAUGUUAAAAUGCCGACAAGCGAAAUGUCGCCAACUCCACGGCGACGCUCCUGAACCGCCAGAAUCCUAUUCCAUAGCAGUGUCGAGUUCCAAAGCACAAGCCGGCAUAGGCUGAAGGGCGCUGGAGAGGGAGAGUCGCGCUACAGCUGCAAAGUGGACUGACGAAAAACGAGCACGCCCACAAAUGCAAAAUGCUUCACAGUGGUUCGUAGGUCUUAAGAAGCCUAAACAAAAGGAAGCAAGUCAAACAGCGCGAGAGAAAUGACGUCGACUGUUUCAAAGCUGUGCAGAAGGAAAGGAGGAUGCAAGAAUAGCAAGAGAAGAGAGUAAAGUAAAGUAAAGUAAAGUAAAACCAUGCCGUGCCCGGCGCCAGCACAGCAGGCGGGGGGUUCGGGGACCCAGCUGGCGGCACAGUCGCGGCUGGCGGAGCGGGAGGCGGAGUGGCAGCGUGCAGCGGCGCAGCUGACCACCACGGCGGCGCAGCACUUCCACAAUAACCCGGUGGCUCUGGACCCCUGGCUCCACCGCACCUCCGCGGCAGCCGGGCUGCAGAACACGCCGCUUUAAAACAGUCGACGUCAUUUCUCUCGCGCUGUUUGACUUGCUUCCUUUUGUUUUAGGCUUCUUAAGGCCUACGAACCACUGUGAAGCAGUUUGCAUUUGUGGGCGUGCUCGUUUUUUGUCAGUCCACUUUGCAGCUGUAGCGCGACUCUCCCUCUCCAGCGCCCUUCAGCCUAUGCCGGCUUGUGCUUUGGAACUCGACACCGCUAUGGAAUAGGAUUCUGGCGGUUCAGGAGCGUCGCCGUGGAGUUGGCGACAUUUCGCUUGUCGGCAUUUUAACAUCUCGGCGAGCACCACACUUCACCAGCUUGGAGCAGGUGGCGUAUUAACCUCUGUGGUUGGUCAUUUGCAUCCGCGCGUGCAGCAGGGUGCUUUGGGUGUGGCAGUCGGGGGAGCCCUGCAGCACUUGGCUGUUUUUUUGGGGUGUGGCUCGUCUACGUGCCCUUGUUUUUUGAGGAAUCAUCCUUACCUGCUGCCUGAAGACAGCCUGGAUCAUAUCACAGAACCUCGAUAGGGCCAGAGAUCAGAGAAGAGAAGAGAAGUUUUUUCCACCACACACCUACUGGAAACCUCAACAGCCAGGUGACACCACACACCUACUGGAGUUCUCAACAGCUAGGUGACAACUACAGCCACUGCCUAGACCACACAGAUCAUCUAGAGCUCUCCAGUUGACAGGCCCAGAGCUCCACUUGAAUCUUGGAUCUUGAACUUGAAAGCUCUCCAGUUGCAGGCCCAGAGCUCCAGCCUUGUACCCCAGAGACUCCCUGCACCACAGGGGGGGUCUACACACCACCAAGGUGUGGAUGGGUUUUGGUAAACCAGGGCCCUUCCCGGUGGGGUGACCGGGAUUCGAACCCAGGAUCUCUCGAAGCCUUAACGAAAUCGGCUUGAGUGUCUUAACCAUUUAGGUGACCCCCCCUGGUUGUUGCCUGGUGCCUGGCUGCCUGGCGCCCGCCCUGCUGUGAUGCCCUGUGAGUGCUGAUCUUGGGCAGCUAUGCAGUUGCUGGGUGAUCCUGGUCGGUUCCGCCUGGUGUCUCAGCGCAGCCAUGACACCAGGCGCCAACACCAGCCAUAUAGCACACCCGCACACGGCGCGGCCACAGCAGCACAUGCCGUGCCGUGUGGAGGGCCUGUGUUGGGGCAUCACCGCCCACUGCCAGACUUGGCAGCGGACCGCACCCCUGCAGGUGGGGGCAAUGCUGCCAGCCCGUUCUUCAGCCCCGGGCUGCAGCUCCACCUUGCCCUGUCCACGCAUAGCCUGGCGCACGGCGUGCAGGACCUGACAACACAGCCUCAGGGCCCCAGCCUGCCUACAUUCCCAGUCCCCCUAGGUUUCCUUUUGGGCGGCGGUUCGUUCCAGGCGCUGGCGUGGCGUUUAUCGUCUUCAGCUUAUCUGGCGCCCAUGUGUUUUAGCUCUGGCUGGCGUCGCAGCGCCUGGGCGGCUGAGGGACUUCCUGCACAGCGCGUCUUGCAGCGGGCUGGAGCCCGCUUAGUCAGCGCCACAUCUGGCCCGUUUAGUUUUCUGCUUGUGUCUCCUCUGCCGGUUCUCCUGGGGUGUUGCUUAAGCAACCGACUUGUGGGGGUGGGGUGGGUUUGGGCGGGGCGAGUGCGUAGCGCUGGUGUUUCUUUUUCUGGCGCGCGGUGGUGGUGUUUCUUGCAGUUCGGCUGUGGUGUAGGUUGGUGCUUGGGUUAGGUCUGGCGGUGUUUUUGUGCAACCCCUCCCGGGGGGCGGGGGGGCCAGCCUCCUGCUCUGUCUGCCGGGUCGGGGUGGGGUGGGGUGGGUUGGAUGGGGGUGGUUGGUGGCGGUUUUCGAGGUGUUUGUUUUCUGUUUUUCUUCUCUUUUCUUCUCUUCUUGCCCUGUCAGGGUUCUGGUCUCGGGGACCAGGCUGCUUUCAGGCAGCAGGGGGGCAGCGCGUCUGCCCCUGUUCAACCUUGUAAGGAUGAUUCCUCAAAAAAAAAAA